AUGAGGGCAGACCGGACCAAAUGGCAAAUUACAGUGGCUUACGGUCCGCAGGGUGAUGCUGAGAAGCUACAAUUCCUGCAAGAGAUCAAAGCAAUCCCCAGACCGGCUCACGGGAGGUGGCUAAUUCUUGGUGACUUUAACUUCAUCUACCAGGCGGAGGAUAAGAACAACAUAAACCUGAACCGUCGUCUAAUGGGAGCUUUCAAAGCGGCGAUCGAUAAGAACAACAUAAACCUGAACCGUCGUCUAAUGGGAGCUUUCAAAGCGGCGAUCGAUGAGCUGAACCUUAAAGAGCAACGACUAAAUGGAUGCCGUUUCACCUAG